UCUCCAUGUAACAGGGUCCUUCAUUCCCGGGUAGUCCAGUUUAUGAAAAAAUGGACACAGAAAAUAAGAGCAGAGCGGAUCUUGCGCUCCCAAACCCACAAGAAUCCCCCAGUGUGCCUGACAUUGAGCUCUUGGAAACAUCACCUUCUGCUAAAGCUCUGCCAGAGAAGCCAGCACCACCCCCGCCACCGCAGACAUGGCAGGCACUUUUGAAGAAAGAUUUGGAGUUCCUGGGGGUAACACAAAUUCUGGUUGGUGUGAUAUGCCUUUGUCUCGGGACAAUUGUCUGCUCAGCACUCCCCAUUUCCGACUUUGACGAUGAAGUCCUUCUGUCGUACAGAGCAGGCUAUCCAUUCUGGGGAGCAGGGCUGGAAACGGUGUUUAUGAUGCUGCUCCUCACCAUGCUGGCCUUCUGCAGCGCUGUGCUCUUCAUUAUCCAUAGGAUUGGAGAAAAAUUCAAAAGCAAAAAGGUUGCAGAUGAUCGUCUUUAUGAAGAACUAAAUAUUUAUUCACCGAUCUACGCUGAGUUGGAAGACACAGGGAACACGCCGUCCCCUGUCAGUUAGUAGGAAACGGGGACCAGAACAAUCUGACUCACAGUAGAAUUCUGAAAGCCAAUCUUUAAAUGACUUUUACAAAAUUAUAGCAAAAUUAGUUUGUUCCACAUUCUGCCAGUUUUACAAUUAGAUUAUUCUCCUAUGCCAGUGUUUUAGUUACGCUGUUUCUGAUCUUCUGACUGUCCCUCUCUUUGUGAAUAUCAUCCACUCCAGCUUUCUUGUUUUGUGUUACAGUCUCACACACAUUCUUUCUGGAAAGUCACCAAGGAAUAAGUUAGCUUUACUGUACAUCUACAAUGAUGAACAAAAGGAAAAAAGGAGGAAGUAGGCUGAGAAUUUAACUAAACGUAGAUAAUCAGGUAAUAUUUGCUCUUUGUUCUUUUUGGAAUUCUCAACAACUAUCGAUGGGCAUGAUAUACAUUGACCCUUAUCCAUCUAUCUAUAUGUGUAUUUUUAACAUGAUAUAUAAUUUCUAUAUGGAAAUAUUUUGCACCUCAGUGAUAAUGAAUUUUCUUUCUAUUAACUAAUAUUUUUAGUUUCAUUUUAUUUUGCUUCCUUUUUACUCAUUUUACAUACCAACCACAGUUUUCCUCUCACCCCUUCCCCCACUCCCCCACAACCCAUCCCCAACCCACUCCACAGGAAGUGGAAGGCCUCUCAUGGAGAGUGAACAAAGCCUGGCCCAUAAAGUUGGGGCAGGACCAAGACCUUCCUCCUUAAUCAAGGCCAAGCAAGGCAUCCCACCAUAGGGAAUGGGCUCCAAAAAGCCAGCUCAUGCACCAGGGAUAGAUCCUGGUCCCACUGCCAGGGACCCCUCAAACAAAUCAAGUCAUACAACUGUAGAGGAUCUAGUUUGGUACCAUGCAGGUUCCCCAGCUGACAGUCCAAAGUUCGUGAACUCCCAUUGACUCGGGUCAGUUGUCUCUGUGGUUUUCUCCAUCAUGAUCUUGAACCCCCACCCCCGCCCCCCGCCGCUCAUA